AUGCGUUUCCAAGCACCGAUAACGUCGCGCGCAGAAAUCAAAUCAAAUCCCGGAGGCAUCGGCCACCGGCAGCCACAGCAGUCCCUUCCUGGCGACAGCAAUGGAGACGGACUCCUCCUCCUCCACCUCCGGUGCUACUACUGUCGUCAUCGCCCUCGUCUCCUCUCACUGGUCCUCCUCGCCCUUGGCCACAAGAACCGCAAGGCCGGCACCGGCCGCCUCCCGCCAGGCCCGCCGUCGCUGCUCUUCCUCGCCAAGUUUCUGUCGCUGCGGCGCUCUAUCUUCGACCUGGCCCUGCUGCUCCGCGACAUGCACGCGCGCUACGGCCCCGUCAUCUCGCUCCGCCUCGCCCGCACGCUCGUCUUCGUCGCCGACCGACGCCUCGCGCACCGGAUCCUCGUCCAGGGAGGCGCCACCUUCGCCGACCGCCCGCCGCCUGUCGACCCAAACAGCCUCUUCACCGCCGGCGGCCGCGACGUCAGCUCCUCGCCCUAUGGAGCCUACUGGCGCCUCGUGCGCCGUAACCUUGCGGCUGAGGCGCUGCAGCCCGCCCGCGUCGCCCUCUUCGCGCCCGCUAGGCGGUGGGCGUGCGACGGCCUCGUCGACAGCCUACGGAGGCAAAGUGCCGGUGAAGACGACGCCGGCGGCGCCGUCACGUUGCGGCCGUUCCUCCGCCGCGCCAUGUUCGAGCUGCUCGUGUACAUGUGCUUCGGAGAGCGGCUGGGCCAGGACGUGCUCGAAGAGAUCGAGGACCUGCAGCACCGCGUGCUCCGGUCCGUCACCACCUUCCCCAUCUUCGCCUUCUUCCCCGCGGUCACCAAGCGUCUCUUCCGCAGCCGGUGGGAGGCCAACGUCGCGGUGCGGCGGAGACAGGAUGAGCUGUUCGUGCCUCUCAUCCAUGCCACGCGCGGGAACGACGACCCGCCGUGCUACGCGGACUCGCUCCGCGCGCUGCGAGUGCCAGAUGAGGGCGACCGCCCGCUCACGGACGCCGAGAUGGUCAGCCUCUGCUCCGAGUUCCUCAACGGCGGGACGGACACGACGGUGACGCUGGUGGAGUGGAUCAUGGCCGAACUGCUGAACCACCCGGACGUGCAGGCCAAGGUGCACGAGGAGGUGAUUAGAUCGUCGUCCAAUCCGGCAGAGCACGGCGGCGGCGACGUCCAGGUCCAGGCGAUGCCGUACCUCAAGGCCGUGGUGCUGGAGGGCCUGCGCCUGCACCCACCGGGACACUUCGUGCUCCCGCACGGCGUACGUGGCGAUGACGCGGACGUGGGCGGCUACACGGUGUCCAAGGGCGCGGAGGUGAACUUCCUAGUGGCGGAGAUCGGCCGCGACGAGGAGGUGUGGACGGCGGCGCGGGAGUUCCGGCCGGAAAGGUUCCUGGAUGGCGGGGACGGCUGUGGCGUUGACAUCACUGGCAGUCGGGAGAUUAAGAUGAUGCCUUUCGGCGCUGGGCGGCGCAUGUGCCCUGGCUACUCGCUCGGCAUCCACCAUGCUGAGUACUUCGUGGCGAGGAUGGUGCGGGACCUGGGUGGCGCCCGCCGGUGGAUGGCGCGGCGGUGGACAUGGCGGAAGAGCUAG